AUGGUUUUAGACGAGAGCGCUCAAAAGGUCUUAACUGACCUAAAGAGAAAAAGAGGUGUUAUAAAGGCUUCGUUAACACGAGCUCGAAACUUUAUAAAUACAUUUAAUCCGAGAGAACAAGCUAUUACGUUAGUGGAGUUCAGGCAGGAAGAACUGCCGCAGAUCAGCAGGAAAUUCGAUGAGAUACAAUGUCAAAUCGAACUUAUUGAUGUUGACAAUUAUGAGGAGAAUGAGCAGGCUAGAGAAGCCUUUGAAAAUGAUUAUUAUGCUGUUCGCUCGGAGAUGCAAGAGUUGAUUAACCAGGAGAAGUCGCAUAACUCGUCGAUGAGUAAUAAUUCAUUAAAUGCUAGUGCUUCGCAUCCUCAACAAGCGCGGCUUCCUCCUAUUGAAAUACCGAAAUUUGAUGGUAAUAUACAAGAGUGGAAUUCCUUCUUUGACCUUUAUAAGGCAAUGGUUCAUAAUAAUGAGCAUUAUUCGUUAGCUCAGAAAUUCUCUUACCUUCGAUUGGCACUAGGUGGUCCAGCAUCGGACAUUAUCAAAGGGAUACCGAUCACAGAACUCAACUAUGAAGUAGCUAUUAGGAAGCUUCAACAGAGAUACGACAAUAAAAGCUUGGUUAUUCAGUCGCAUAUUCGUGCCAUGCUCGACGCACCUCGAGUAGAGGUCGCUUCGGCGAACGAAUUGCAGAAGUUGCAUUCAUGUGUUUUAACUCAUAUCGCCGCACUUGAUUCGUUGUGCCAACCGGUUGAACACUGGGACGCAUGGCUCGUAACAAUUAUUCUGAGGAAAUUAGACCAGACCACAAGUCAUGAAUGGCAGUUGCGUCGAACUAUCACCAAUUUACCAACAUAUAUCGAGCUGGAAGAAUUCAUUUCAAGUCGUUGUAUUGCAUUUGAGAGCUCCGAAACACUAGAUGCUAAUGAAAAGGAUCAAAUGAUAAGACAAGGUUUCAUGGUAAAAAAAUCUCCUGGCAAGUAUUUGAUUUAG